AUGGAUGCGAAUUCGGGUACUGGGAAACAGAAAGAUCGUUGUUUGAUGGAAACCCAUUUUCUAAAACCCUAUGUAACUUCCAUUGAUGGUCCUGUAGCCGAGCUUCCUCGUCACCGUUCCUCUGUUUCGUCAUCAGAUCUAAAAGACUCAUUUUCCAGGAUAUCCUUCACUGGGUUUUGGUUUCCAAAUGCUAACUCUCGCCGUUGUAUUUCGAGACAUGUGUUCCCAAUUGCUGUUCGUUUAGCUAGAGGUGAAAAGGUUGCUCUUGCUCCUGCUGUUCUAGCGAGUAUAUACAGAGAUUUGGGUCACAUUCAAGCUUUUGCUAGAGAAAAGUCUACUCAGAAUCUCUCUCCCAAAUCGCUGUUUAAGUUAGUCCAAGUUUGGGCGUGGGAGAGGUUCAGAAACAUAAGACCAGAAGCUAGAGAGGUAAGAAGAGGUGAACCAAGGAUUGCUCAAUGGAGCCGUUUAAAUCAGAAAUAUGCAGAGAAAGAGAGUUUGAGUUUUGAUGAUUUCGAGUGGCGGCCAUACACUAAACCUCUAGAUAAUUGGAAACUUUCUCGGUUGUACCUUGAAGAAGCUAAGUGGGUGACUAUUGAUGACGAUCUUGACGAUGAGUUUGUUUCGUUUGCUCGAUGUGUGAGGAGUUCUCAGCUUGUUGGGAUUGGUUUUGUAGAGGGUUACUAUCCGAAUCGAGUGGCAAUGCAAUUCGGGUUGAGUCAAGACCUUCCUGGUUUGGUUAGUGAUCAUAGCAGCUUCACAGAACAAGAGGCAUGGGAUGAUUACAACAAGUCUCUUGUUGGUCUAAAGCUGUAUGUGCCUUCUCGUCUCGCUACAACUUCUGUUACUGUAAGAUACCGAGACUGGUGGCUAAAAUCAGUUUCAGGCUUUUUGGGUUCUCCAGAGUCAACUGAAACUUUUAACGCAAGAAAUACAGCUGAUGAUGAUGAUGUAUCUCUUAAGGUAAUGCUUCAGGAGAUAGGAAAAGAGUUUUCUGCAAAACUCAAAAGAUGUAGGAAACGUAGAACAGCGAAACAAAUGGGAUCUGAGAUAAAGAAAGGCAAGACCGGUGAUUGUGGUGCCUCAGCUUUAACAGAAGUGCCACUUAGUGAGUUGUUUCAGAAGGAGUUAGCCAAGAGGACAAGUGAGCAUUUGAGAGACAAGAGACGCAAGGGAGCUCGUGAGUACGAUGAUGAUGAUUCGAAUCGUAUGGAUUGUUAUGAUGAAAUUACCAUUGCUCAGUUGAUCAAAUCUAGAAGUAAAACAGAAGGUGAUGGUUCUGUAUCACUUGGAAAAAGAAGGAGACAUGAGGAGGAUAGCAAUGGUUCAAGGAUUUUUCAAGAGCUUGCUUCUGGAGAUGAUGAAACUGUAGCGCCACAAGAAACAAAGCAGAGGAGUGAAGAGUAUGAUGAAGAAGAAACUGGAAGCAAGGCGGAGGAGAUUUCGGUUCUGAUCCCAUCUGAUGGAAACAAAUCUCCAGAUCCUCUUCUUGAUGUUAAUGGGGGAAUAGAUAACAUUGUUGUGUCACCACCAGAGACAAGGCAAAACUGUGAUGAUGAAGUUUAUGUCAGUGGAGUCAAUGCUGAGAAGAAUAGGACUAUAGUCGGUGAGGGAACCAAGGAAGUAGAGUGUUUGGUCCAUGUCCAUGAAGAUGGAGAAAAGCAGAGAGAUGAUGAUGAUGAAAGAUCAAAGCAGAGAAAGCUUGCAAUAUAUGAGCUAGCAGCGAAUCUAGAGGCACGUAUAAUGAAGGCGGAGAAGACUUCGGCAAAGAUUAGAAAAUGGAAAACCGAAAGAAACCAUAUCAAAACUGGAGUUUCUGCUUAG